AUGACAUUGAGCAGAAGCAUCGUUGUAAUUGGAUCCGGGGUGACAGGACUCACCACAGCCUGCCUCUUGGCCCAGAAGGGUCACGCCGUCACGGUGGUGGCAGAGCACACGCCAGGAGAUAUCCACUACAAGUACACGUCUCCGUUUGCAGGUGCCAACUGGGAGUCGUUUGCGGCCAACGAUGACCUCAGACAGCAGGCAUACGAUCAGGCGUCGUACUUCGAGCUCCUCCGCUUAGCACGCCACGAGCCAAAGGCCGGUAUCGUGGUACGGGAGAACCGGGUCUUUUUGAGCGCCAAGGAGUAUGACAGUUUUGAAACGCCCUGGUAUGCCUCUGUUGUGGAAAACUACCGCGUUCUUCCACAGAGCGAGUGGCCAGAAGGCACCGUGUACGGGUUUUCCUUCACCACUGUUGUCAUCACCACCAGCACCUACCUUCAGUUUUUACGCCACCGCUGCGCCACUCACGGAGUCAAGUUUCACAAGGUCAAGUUGGAGCAUAUCUCCGAGGCUGCGCGGUUCUGCUUGCAGCCAGACAUCGUGGUCAACUGCACGGGGCUUCACGCAGCCACGUUGGGUGGCGUGGAAGACAAGGCUGUCUAUCCAAUCCGUGGGCAGGUGCUCAUUGUGGCGAAUACCGUGAAGAGCGUGACUAUUGUGCAGCUUCCAGAGGGUGACAAGUACCCAGACGAGCCAUUUUAUGUCAUGCCACGCGGUGAUGGUACCUCAAUCAUCGGUGGGUGCACCGUGGCCCAUAGCUAUAACCCUGCCGUUGAUACCGCCUUGGUAGAACGGGUCAAGCGCAGAGCCGUCAAGUAUGUUCCAGAAAUUGUUGAUCCACUGUACAGAAGCAACCCCUCGGAAAUCAAGGUCUUGAAAACCUAUGUGGGGUUCAGACCGGCCAGAGAGGGGGGCAUCAGAGUCGAGGUUCAGGCGGGUGAACAGCUCGGUUUGGGUGCCACCAAGGUGAUUCACAACUACGGUGCCGGUGGAGCGGGCUACCAGAGCAGCUACGGGACCGCUCAGAAUGUAGUCCGGUUGGUGGCUAGCCUCAGCAUUCAUACCGGUGCAAAGUUGUAGAUAAUGCCUUUAUUUCGAACUCGCAAGGAGCAUCCGGGUUUAAUGAAGUACUUUACUUCAAUUUGAAAUAUAGUAAGAUAAACCGGAUGGUCAGUAGAUACAAGUAUUGGUUCAGCGGUAGUUGUGCGUAAGGUUGGACAUUGAUGGUAAUCUCAACUCACCGGCAUUGUAGGAACUCACAAGCUGUUAAUAUUGUUUGUAAGUAUGAAUAUUCGCAGUUCAAGCACAGUGUAUAAAGUGUGUAGCUGUCACCUGGUAAGGGUUCGAUAACCUAUAUAAAGGGGUGGAUCCCUCUCUUACCCUAUGUACAUUAUAAAACCAACCAGUACACUGCGAAACAAAGAAAAAAAAUACAUAAGCAAAAAGUUUUGGUAUAUACAUUUAAC